CCGACUUUCAAAGGACUCCAGCAUGCAAACCAAAACAAUGUUCUGCCUGUUCAAGGUUGCCUUGCUCCUAACGAGCUUGUGACUAGGGAGCUUGCUUCGUAGCGCGUGAGUUGACCAUUAGGGUUCCUGACGUCACGAAACAUGGCAGCCACGAGUUCGGCAGCAAUGCCAGGUUAUACAGUUUCUGCUUCUCCUUCCCUCUGUAGCCCUCCCUACUGUCUACAGCAACCUGUUUGCAGCUUCGCAUGCAUGCAGCAUCCAAACCCUCACUUUGCAAAAGGGUAGAUAGCUGUCCUAUGUUUGUAUCGUUGACGUAGGAGCUUUACUUUACGGCCUGCUGUCCUUUUGCUUUGGACCUUCUUCGCUCACCUUAUCCCAUGUGGUCCCCAUCCUCCUUCGGCGCCUCACCUUCCUCCUUGCCCUCAGCGCCACGUCGCCGCAUUAACCUUGCAGUCAUUGCAAUCAUUAUCGCUGCAGCCGCUGCUACGUUCUCCGCCUCGGCCGCAAGCGCCUUGACAUCAGCUGCUGGCUCCAUUGCAAUCGCCAAGCCUGACUGCAUGGACCCGCCCUGCCGGCAAACUGCCAGCACUCGACGUAGCCUCCCAGCCCCACUCCCCCACAAACAUUCCCCUUCAUCCCUGCUUACUUCCGGGCUGCUAACUUCCGGGCAACACCACCAACAUCAGCAGCAUGUCGCCCAAUCCAAUCCCCAACAACCUUCACUUCACAACAUCAAACACUCCGGCGCGGCCUUCGGCUUCUCGCGUUUUAAAACUACCACCACAAAAGCAACACGGCCCACUUCAUCCGGAUCCCUCUCACCCUCGUCCUCAUCAUCAUCGUCCCCAUCCAUGUACGGCAGCAUGACAUGGCGAACAUGUGGCGGCGGCCCCGCCGGGGCUCCCAUGUUGCAGCCCGACUCCGUCAUCCUCUCCCCCGACCCGCCGCAUCAUGGUCGUACGCUCGCGAUCAACAUCAGCGGUACGGCACCGGUCAACGUCGACGGCGGCAAACUGCGCGUCGCAGUGAUCUACUUGGGUUUCCGAGUGUACAGCUACGAGUCCGGCCUCUGCGACGUGCUUCCCUGCCCCCUGGUGGCCGGCGCCCCCCUGCUGCUGCGCGUGUCUCAGAAGCUGCCCGCGCUGGCGCCCCCGGGGUCGUACAGCAUGGAGAUCAGCGGGGAGGACGACGCGGGCGCCAGGUUCAUGUGUGUGGCCAUCAGCUUCAGCGUGACACGGCCCCCGCAGGGGAAAGGG